AUGGCAGUUGACAUCAUUCGCUGGGCCAUGAAUCAGGCCGUCUCCGACGACGCUAAACAGAGGAAGAAGUGGUGCAAGUACAAGACCUACUGGGCUCCUAAUGACCGCCGUGCCGCAGUGUACUGGGAGACGGCAAUCGCGCCGCCGUCGGUCAUUGGUGGGGAGCCUAAGGAGGAGGAAGAACCGGCGCAGAUGCCAGCAAGGGCGCCGGAGCCAGGCCGUCGUACCUGGCAGAUCGACCUCGACUCCGCCGAGGACGACGACGACGACCCGCCACCCCGCACGGCGAUGAACAAGAAGAUGAAUGCCAACGGCUUGACCCGCCGCUCCGCACGCCCGUUGAAGGGUCAUCUGCAUGAUCCUUUCCAUGGCCCCCGGAGUCCUGCCCAUCCCACCAAGCGGUCCAGUCACCUCACUGGAGAAGAACCAGUGGCUACGUCGGUGAGUGGCCGUCCUGACGACCUUGCUUGGCGUUGCUCCUCUGAUACUUUUGACCUCAAUGGCCGUGCAUUUGAAAACUCAGAGAACUGGGCAGUAUUGUCAACGGACGGGGAUAAACCGAGUCCUCGUUUUGAUGUAAUUAACCAUCUUAUUGAUGUUUUGAAGUGUAUAGGAAGUUGUGAUGUUUUCAUCAUUAUCGGUUUCUAUACGGAAGCCUCUAUAACACAUUCAUCUGGUUACCAUUUCAAACAGCAUGCAGCAGCCAUGGUAGGGAGCAAAAUGAUUGUCUUCGGUGGAGAUUCCGGUAAUCAUUUGCUGGAUGAUACAAAGAUAUUAAGCUUAGACAAGCUUACAUGGGAUUCUGUGGCUUCUAAAGUUCGUGUAUCACCAGGUGGACGUUGUGCGCAGUUUCGACCAUGCAAAGGACAUUGCCUGGUUCCAUGGGACAAGACUGUCAUUCUUGUCGGAGGGAAAACCGAGCCAUCUUCUGACCGGAUAUCAGUAUGGACAUUCAAUACGGAAACCGAGAUCUGGUCGCAUAUGGAAGCGAAGGGCGACAUUCCGGUGGUUCGAAGUGGUCAUACAGUGACUAGAGCAGGCCCUGUUUUAAUUCUUUUUGGGGGCGAGGAUACCAAAGGGAAGAAACUACAUGACCUUCAUAUGUUUGAUCUGAAGUCCUUAACAUGGCUUCCUUUGAACUAUAAAGGUGCUGGACCUUCUCCAAGAUCCAAUCAUGUUGCUGCACUUUACGAUGAUAGAAUUCUUUUGAUUUUUGGAGGCCAAUCAAAAUCCAAGACCUUGAAUGAUGUCCACGCUCUAGAUUUUGAAACAAUGGUAUGGUCAAGAAUGAGAACACAUGGUCAUCAUCCAUCACCUCGGGCAGGUUGCUGUGGAGCUCUCUGUGGGACGAAAUGGUAUAUAGCAGGGGGUGGAAGCAAGAAAAGGCGUCAUCCUGAAACUUGGGUCUUUGAUGUCCUAGAAUCCAAGUGGUCUGUUUGUGUAGUACCUCCUAGUUCCUCCAUCACUACCAAGAAAGGUUUCAGCAUGGUUCCUUUGUACUACAGGGAUAAGAUUGUUCUUGUUUCAUUUGGAGGAAACAAAAAGGAGCCAUCUGAUAAGGUCGAAGUACUAGUGGUGCUGCAAAAUGAACAUUGUUUCAGUUGGCGGUCUGCCCCUGAUGCAGAACCCUUAAUGUAUGAGGACUCUUCUCCUAGCUCAAAGGAACUCGCGGAUCACCUCAACAACUGCGAUCCUUUGUACUCUAACUCUGUAGCAAGGCAUAGUCUCGCGACAACAGUGGAAAGCUCAUCUGGGAGGAAAUCACUCCCUGAUUCACUCCUACAUAACUCGAAGGUGGGCGGCUCAUCACUCCGCAGGCAGUUCCGUCAGGAGGAGGAAUGCAGCCUGGCCCAAAAACUGCAGAAGCCAAUCGACGAUGACAAGUACAAGGAUGUUGACGAUUGUUCUGAGCUACCAUCCUUCGCAAACCAAAAGCAGCGGAGUGACACAUAUCAUUCUCCAGAUGCGGAUGCUAAAACGAAGAGGGUGGGCAGAAGUUCGUCUGACAUUAACCAUCAACAUGAUACAAAAAUCGCAAACUUGGUCAGGAGAAACAUGGCGCUGGAAGAGCAACUUUCAGCUGCAAUGGCGAGCAAAGACGAAGCAGAAAAGAACUUAUCUCUGGUCAUUGACACGAAGGAAGAGCUAGAGAAGAGGCUAGCUGAGAGAGACAGGGAGGUUGUGGCGCUGAAGGAGAAAGUGGGAGGAUUAGAACAGGCACACGAAGAUUUGAACAACGCCUCAAACACUGUCCAUGCUGAUAACGUGCGGCUCGAGCGUGAAGUGGCGUUCUUGAAGGCAGUCAUGGAUGAAACUCAGAAGGCAAAAAAAAUAAAAAUCCCUGUGUUCUCUCAUUGUACCAGUGUUUAUGCAGUUGUACUGACUAUUUUACCCCCUAAACAGGAGUUUUACUCGACCCGCGGAGUUCUAGCAGGAGAGCGCGCGAGGGCAUUCCAGCUCCAGGUUGAAGUGUUUCAUCUGAAGCAAAGGCUGCAAUCAAUGGAUGGACGGGGCGUGUUUGGUUGGUUACCAUGCUUCGCCACACCUGGGUUGUGUGAAUUCACAUAUUUUGUGGCGACCAAACUGGGCAAGCGCGGUAAUGAACCGAACAUGCCCCAGCUAGCUUGGCUCGGGGACGUCGGGGGCGACGGGCGGCGGAAAUCUUCAGGUAAGACACUCGUCGAUUCCAAGCGCUCCUCGCAUGCAGCUAGGUCAGGCAUGCACGCGUGGACCCGAGAAACACAAGAGACAAAAUGGGGCGCUCGGGUUCGUGCUCACCUUCCCGACGUCGAGCUCGCGGCGACGACGAGGCUCGACUCUCAACGGAUUCGAGCUCUGGGGGAAGUGUUGAAUUUGGAGGCGCGAAGGGUGUCUGGCGGGGUGCCUCUGGAUGUGGUGAAGGCGUUAGUGGGGGUGGCUUACAGAAAUUUGGCUGGCGGCGGCUCUGGCAGAAGGCGUACGAGGUGGGUUCACGAAGGCGCAGCCCAACGGUGA